AUGGCCUCUCGCCUCUCCGGCAAUACUGAAGCAGCGGGUACAGUACACAUCUCUCGCAAAUUGUCACUGGGUCUCCGCUUCAAUCUGCUGAGGAACAACAUACAGAGCAGCUGUCCAGUUAGGUUUCUCAAGCAACAUGCUGGAUUUUCAUAUGAGAAAUUGCUUCAGCCUGGAAGCUAUGAGAAGCGACAUUUCACAACGAAGCUUACAGAGACAGCUAGUUGGCAUAAAACUGACUCAGCUUCAUCUGCAACUAUUCUCUUCUUCGGUAUUGAGACUACUGGUCUUCUCCACGCGGAUCAUAGAAUCAUUGAGUUUGCACUCCUAGACCUUUCUGGAGGAAAGACUUGCACAUUUGAGACUCUCAUUCGUCCUGAAUGGAAUGUUCCCAGAUAUGCUGCAGAAGCCAACAAGAUUACCACUGAAUUGGUCUGCAGGCCUGAUGUCCCAAGGUUCAGCGAUGUACUUCCUCUCAGCCUUGCAUAUGUUCAAAGUUGCCAAGCUCCUGGCAAGCCAAUUCUAUGGGUUGCUCACAAUGCAAAACAAUUCGAUAUCCCUUUUGUUAUGCAAGAGUUUGAACGUUGUUCAGCCCAAGUUCCUGCAGACUGGCUGUUUGUUGACAGUCUUUGUUUAGCAAGGAAGUUGAAGAAAUCAGAUGGAAAUAUAGGUCUAGUAAACUUGAAAGCACUGGGAGAACACUAUGGUGUCAGUUCCGAAGGUCCUUCUCAUAGAGCAAUGCCAGAUGUGCAAGCAUUAUGCGGCAUUCUCCCGAAAAUCACUAUGGGUUUAAAAUUAACAUGCGAUGGUCUCAUGAGCGAGGUCAGCAAAUUUUACUAUUUCAGGAAGGUUUCUUUGAAUGCGAAUCUUCGACCUCGUCAUUCUUAGUUAUAGACUAUUUGACUUUUCCCCUACAGGAUAACCAUAUCCAUUACAUAUCUGAGUGUUGUUUCCUAUGGUUUAGCAUAUCAAAUUCUUGAUGAUCAUAGCUUUCUUGUACCAAACAUCUGGUAUUUCCCUUUGAUGAAUGGAAAAUGGGUUUGAGCCUCGGUCUCGAAAAGCUA